AUGGCCAUCGUCGUCCUCUUCGUUCUCCCGCAGACAUCGGACCGCAACUUGAUGGGAUCCCCCCAGAGUGAUGUUGAAUGGCGACAAUUGAUUGACAACCAUGCAAUUGAGAGUCCUGGAGAGAGAGGAGAAGAGGGACAAGAGGGUAGAGGGAGAGAGGACAAUGGAAUGUUAGGAGGGGCCCACCGCGGGAACGGCGGUUGGAUACGAUCAGAUAGCUACAUGCAGACAUUCUCAAUCUAUGGAUGGGAUCAGGAUCCCAAGUCUAUGAAGAAUGCAGCGCCCACAGAUUCUCACUAUCUUCUCGCAUUUCUCAUUACGCAUGCUGGAUCGUUGACGGGCUCCCCAGUAGUUUUCGAUUCGUAA